AUGCGCUCGUUAAACGUAACAGCUUGUGCGGCGCUGCUUGAAGACGUUGACUGGAACGAGCCGGUCAGCGUCGCCAGCUUAGCCGUGCUAGCUCUCAUUGACGUCCUGGUCAUAGCAGGUAACUGCCUGGUGAUAGCCGCCGUGUUGUGUUCAUCCAAACUCCGCAGCGUGACCAAUCUGUUCAUAGUAUCAUUGGCAGUCGCUGACUUAUUGGUCGGAGUCGCCGUGCUGCCUUUCUCAGCGACACGCGAAGUUUUCAAGGUAUGGAUCUUUGGAGACGUGUGGUGCUCUGUGUGGCUCGCAGUAGACGUGUGGAUGUGUACAGCUUCCAUAUUAAAUCUCUGCGCUAUAUCACUGGAUCGCUACGUGGCGGUCACCAGGCCGGUCAGCUAUCCUAGCAUCAUGAGCAGGAAACGGGCGAAGGCACUCAUCGCUGGCCUCUGGGUUCUCUCAUUCGUGAUUUGUUUCCCUCCACUAGUCGGAUGGAAAGACAAACAGUCUGGGGAGUCAGAGCACAAAGAAGGCUGGACAGCAAAUCCCCCAUGUCCUUGGACAUGUGAGCUCACCAACGACGCUGGUUACGUCGUGUAUUCAGCUCUGGGUUCCUUCUACAUACCGAUGUUUGUGAUGCUAUUCUUCUAUUGGAGAAUUUACAAAGCAGCCGUCAGAACCACGAAAGCUAUCAACCAGGGUUUCCGCACUACCAAAGGCAGUAGAGGUCUUGGUAGCAGAUUCGACGACAAUCGUCUCACUCUUCGUAUACAUAGGGGUAGAGGUUCAGCUCGGCCACACGGUUCACCUCUUUCUACUGCUUCUAAUCAUUCCACAAGCACAUCACUAAGCGCGUCACCAGAGAGAUUGAGAAGACAUUCCAGCGCAAGACGAGCCCACGAGAAGAUCAAGAUUUCAGUCUCAUAUCCUUCAUCAGAACAAAUCUGUCCAGCUCAUGAGAAUUCCAGGUCUCCAAGUAGGUCGCCGAGUCCAUCAUUGUAUGCGGUGCAUUAUGAAAGGGAUGGAAGGGAGCUCACUGAAAGCAGGUUAAGAGUUAGACCUUCACAUCACCUGUCACCUGGACCGCUGUACGAUGAUUAUGAUGAUAAACCAAGAACGAGAAGGAUGGGGAAACGUAAUAUCAAAGCACAGGUCAAACGUUUCCGUAUGGAGACCAAAGCAGCCAAGACUCUAGGCAUCAUAGUUGGAGGGUUCAUCUUCUGCUGGUUACCUUUCUUCAGCGUGUACGUGGUCCGAGCCUUCUGUGGUGACUGUGUCACGCCGAUCGUCUUCUCUGUACUCUUCUGGCUCGGUUACUGCAACUCUGCCAUAAACCCUCUCAUUUACGCGUUAUUCUCUAAAGACUUCAGAUUCGCGUUCAAACGUAUAAUCUGCGCGUGUUUCUGCGCGGGCGGCGGUGGCCGGCGUGAGUCGGGCGCUGAUGACGUCACACGCCGCGCUCGUAACAACACACACGCACACACACACUCACACUCACACUCACUCGACGAGGAGAUACACCCCAGCGCUACGGAGAGGUGA